AUGGAUGGAUUCAUCAAGACGAAGAGGGACGUUAGGAUUAGGCGGGUGCCCUUUGAGGAGGCUUUAAAGAAAUGUCGAGAGACGGUCAAACGGAGUCAGAUGUUUUGUGAGUUGUGUAGCAGUCUGGAGCCAUAUCAGGAACAAGUUGUACGUGUGCGAUGUUUGGCUAUUGGGAAUUUUUCCGAAGAGGAACAGGCUAGAUACCAGCUAUGUUUGCUGUUGGAACUUAUUGAUUACUUUGGUGGGAUAGAGGCGGUACGAUGUUCGAUCUAUGAUCCCGUGUUCACGCCGGAGGAUAAGGCGUUUAUUGGGACAAUCGGGGAUCUGUGGACCAUUGACGAGGGCUCCCCGUGGGGGGCAGAUUGCAAUGAGAAUACUUUAUUCUUUCUGCCGCACUCGCCGUUGAGUCUUACGGAGCAUGUGAUUAGGGCGGAACAACCGAGACUGUGGUUGGCCAACCACCUGGUGCUGCAUACUUACAGAUAUACCAAGUCGGAGCUAUUUAUAAAGUACCCGUUGCUCGCUAAGCUUGUCAGGUACAUUGAAGAUAAAUCCGAUGCCGCUGCCAGCAAUAAUUGUAACGUUAUUGGCGGAUCCAAUGACAUGCCUGGAUUCACUUUGUUUGUGUCCAAACGUUCUAGACGGAGGAAACAUAACAGGCGUAGUGUGUUUUAUCAAGAACCACAAGUGGAUUAUUCCUCUGUAGAGUCCUACUUUGAGGAUUGUAAUGUUUUGACAGAUUUCAAAGAGGGUAAGUUGCUCAAAGAUGAGCCGUGGGUUAACGCGUUCUCGGAUUUGGCGUUACACUACAUUGAAUAA